ACACACACACACACAUACGCACACUCUCUCCGACAACCUCGUCAGAACCCGAGACUUUUUGUUUUCCACAUUUCUCUUACCCCAGAUCUUGUGCACAACUACAGCUCAGCCCGCACGCCCAGGAAAGCCUCCCAACAACAAUCUAGACCAGAACAAGAACCAAACCCCCCCCCCCCCAGGGUCCAAGAUCCGAGGGAGAAAAUUUAGUCUGUAAAAGAUCACGAGACGACGACAACAAUGUUGGGGAUGGCCCUUGACCCUUCCAGCCCCGAGUGGCCCGGGAGCGCGGCGGCUGAUGUCUCCCUUCCCCACAGCCGCCCUAGCAUGGCUCUGGCAUCUUGCCCCGUGGUUGUUGUUUGUUCCAUCUACCAACCGACGGCGACCGGGCCCCCGAAUCGUCGAGUUUCCAUUACCCCCAAAUUACUUGAUCGUGCAGCCCGCGCCAACGCCAGUUGCGACCCCGAGAUGGCCACGGGACAGUCCGACUUGGCCCCAUUGGGGAAGUUGGGAACUCUGGAUGAUGGGAAACCUAGUUCGUUUGGACAAUGCCCCCGUUCUCUCUGACUCUUGCAGCUUGCUUGUCUGCUUUACCCCAGCUUUUCGGUACCUUGGAUGGUUCACAACUCACGAUACUCUCACUCCCUUGGAGUCUCGACUGCGUAUUACCUACGGUACCGCCGCAAAGUUCCAGUCCACAAGUCUAGCCCCCAGGCCGGGGCCCCGACGAUCCAAAUUGAUGCCCCGCGAUCCCGCAUCGCCAUUACCAAAUGGAAAAGCCGUUGUAAAACACUGCCGGUCUCCAAAGCCCUGGACCAUCGUCACGCGGUCUGGCAAGGCAUUUUGUUUCGUCCAAAAUCAAAUUCUCUCUUUCCGAGUCUCUAGCCCCUUCCGGGAAAAGAACAAGCACUGCGCCAUCCGUCACCUGCGGAGCCCCCCUUCCUGCGUGCUAAUAUACCAGGUGGAUGUUAUGGGGUAAGAGUUGGGAGAAAGUUGACGACAAGCUUGGAAUGGAAUGUUCAAGUUUGCCAUGUCUGCAUCACUUUGUGGAUUCGAUGCUCCAUCAC